CCCGUAUGCAUGAAGUGCCAUUGAGGUCCUCCUGGCAGGUAGAACAUUUGUAUACUACGGCAGGCUUCGCAGUUAUUCACUGCUCCCUCAGAUACUCUAGAGUCUAGUCUGCAAGUGUAACCAUCACAAUCGUCGCUCCGUUAAUAUCAUGUCAGGGCAAUUUCACCACUACCAGGGCAACGGAGUAUCUGUCCCCUCUGCAUCAGGACCUGGCCAACAUUUGCUCGGUGACAUGUUUCAGUGUAUGUGGCAUUGUGGAAAUGGAUUGCAUUGCAACGCCUUGAUUCGUGGCCACAAUCUCUCCGCUCACCUGCGUGAGGCUCAUGGAAUUGAGGGGUCAGACAUGACUCGCGUUUGGUGCCUAUGGAACUCUUGUAAUAGGGAGUUCAACAAGGAGAGCCUUUCGAGGCACGUUGAGGAAGUUCACAUGGGGAUUGUACACGCGUGCGGGUGCGGAGCUGUAUUCUCGCGCAAAGAUACUCUCGCCAAACACAAAAGAACAUGUUCUGGUCAGCAUUAGAUAGAGUCUUUUGACAUAGGAUCCCGUGCUAUCUAUCUUCUAUGCGUUGACUUCAAUUAGAGCUUCUGUUAUCUAUGUUGUGUAUGAUCCGAUGUACUUAUAUUAUUACUGGUUUCCUCUAUGAUAUUUAUCCUGGUGGUAAUA